AACCCCCGCUCCGGGUAAGCGGGACUGGGGGAGCGAGUUUGGAAUGUUACUGCGUCACACACCACCCCCAGCCCCAGCCGAGGCGCGGGCUAAGAUUAUGGCGCUGAAACAGAUUUCCAGCAACAAGUGCUUUAAUGGUUUUCAGAAGGUGUUUGAACAUGACAGUGUUGAGUUGAAAUGCAAAAUGAAAUUUGGAAUCUAUUUGCCACCAAAGGCAGAAAGUGGGAAAUGUGCUGUGCUGUACUGGCUCUCAGGGUUAACCUGCACAGAACAAAAUUUUAUAACAAAAGCUGGUUUUCAUCAAGCUGCAGCUGAACAUGGCCUCAUCAUAGUUGCACCAGACACCAGCCCACGUGGCUGCAAUAUUGAAGGAGAAGAUGAGAGCUGGGAUUUUGGCACUGGUGCUGGGUUUUAUGUAGAUGCCACUGAAGAGCCUUGGAAAACCAACUAUAGAAUGUACUCGUACAUCAAGGAUGAGCUGCCUAAACUAAUAAAUGCCAAUUUUCCAACUGACCCAGAAAGGAUGUCUAUUUUUGGGCACUCAAUGGGGGGCCAUGGAGCUCUUAUCCUUGCUUUGAAGAACCCUGGAAAAUACAAAUCUGUGUCGGCUUUUGCUCCUAUCUGCAACCCAAUUCAGUGCCCGUGGGGAAAGAAAGCCUUUGGCGGCUAUCUAGGAUCAGAUCCAAGUAAAUGGGAGGCCUAUGAUGCUACCCAUCUUGUGAAGUCCUAUCCAGAUUCCCAUCUGGACAUCUUAAUUGAUCAAGGCAAAGAUGAUCAGUUCCUUUCAGCGGGGCAAUUACUGCCUGACAACUUCAUUGCUGCCUGCACAGAGCAGAAAAUCCCAGUUGUCUUUAGAUUGCAACAGGGCUACGAUCACAGCUACUUUUUCAUUGCUACGUUUGUUAAUGAUCACAUCAGACACCAUGCAAAGUAUCUUAAUGCUUGACUCCUUCAGAUGGGAAUUUCUUCCGUCCAAUAGAAGUCAAUGUUAUCCACAAAACUGAACAAAGCAAAAAUUGCUCACUGAAUUAGUGUCUAUAAAAAUGGAGCCCUCAUGACUUAUACAAAGAAUAAACAUUCUGCCUGUGAACUUCAGAAUAAAUAUUUUGAAUGCUUA